UUUUGAAAUUGAAAAACACCUCAUGCCUUCAUUUCUUUAUUGAGAAACUCGAUAGAAUUUCAACUCUCAGACUCAAAUAAACACACAAACAAAACAGUCCGCCAAAAAAGGUUUCGAUUAAAACUAGGGUUUCAAAUCACUGAAGAAAUAUGGAUCAAGAUGGUACAAACAAGAAACCAGAGAUUAAUACGGGUAAGGAUAAGGAUUCCUCAUCAAAUUAUGCUUCAUACCCUAAACUUGAUCCAGAAGAUAUAAAUCCUCCUCAAGAAAAUUGGGACACUAUAGCUGUAGGUCCUCCUCCAUCAGAAUCUCAAACUCCACCGGCAGCUAAUCCUGCAGAUUCGGUGGCUUCGGCACCAAAAUCGGUGAAGUGGAGUGCUGAAUUGACUCAGGAACAAGAAGCUCCUCCUCCUACGGUGUCUCAGGAUAAUACUGCUCAUACUAUGCCUCGUGAAUCCAAUCCUUAUGUUAAUAAUCCUGCGCCACCUCCAUCUUCCUCUGUUAAAAGUACUGUGGAUACAAUGAAGGAUGUACUUGGGAAAUGGGGGAAAAAGGUUGGCGAGACCGCUAAGAGAACUGAGGAUCUGGCUGGAAACGUUUGGCAACAUUUGAAAACAGGACCUAGUGUUGCUGAUGCUGCAAUGGGUAGGAUUGCACAGGGAACAAAGGUAUUAGCAGAAGGUGGUUAUGAGAAAAUAUUUCUACAAACUUUUGAAUCAGUUCCAGAAGAGCAACUUCAAAAGACAUUUGCUUGCUAUUUAUCAACUUCUGCUGGCCCAGUUAUGGGAACUUUAUAUCUGUCCAAUGCAAAACUUGCCUUUUGUAGUGACAGUCCUCUUUCAUACAAAGUUGGAGAGCAAACUGAGUGGAGUUAUUACAAGGUGAUAAUGCCAUUGCAUCAGCUUAAAGCAGUUAAUCCUUCAAUAAGCAAAGGCAAACCUGCUGAAAAAUACAUCCAGGUUAUCUCUGUUGACAGUCAUGAGUUCUGGUUCAUGGCCUUUGUAAACUAUGACAAUGCUGUUAAAUGCCUAAAGGACGCUUUGCUAGCUCAUCAUCUACAGCCAGCAUCACAGGUGUAACCUCCUCUAUUCAAGAUACCAGCUCUUCACAUUAUGACACCCCUACUGUAAGUAACGGUUAAUACAUGAUUUUAUCUUAUGCCAACAUGGAGUAUUUGAAAAGAAACAAGAUGGGACUGUGUUUUUUUACUUGGUGGAUCUGAUGUAUGGUGUUCUUAUAUUGAUGAAAUCUCCGGAUUAUAGAGUUUAUUCUGUGAAAUAUCUUGUUGAGAAUCUGUUUUCUUAUUUUGAAUUCUACAAUUAUAGUUCAUACUGUACCUUAAAUUUGUUAGUUAUAGUCACCUCAAACUGCUAGUUUAUACCAUAUACUUAGAUUUAUUUGUUCCUUUGCA